AUGGUGCAGCUUCCGAGCUUCGGGAAGCGGCGCGCCGAGCCGGCCACGGCGGCGACCGUCAAGGCGGAGAUGGAGAUUUUCGGCUACGGUGAUGGUGCUCCUCACAAGCGCGUCAAACUGCCGCCGCCGCCGCCGCCGCCGCCUCAGGCUCGUAGAUCGGACCUGUCCUGUGAUGUGCUUGAUGAACCUAGCCCAUUGGGUCUGCGACUAAGAAAAAGUCCAUCUCUGCUGGACCUUAUUCAGAUGAAGCUUUCUCAGGCAAAAUCUGCCGGCGAACAGUUUGAUGUGCACAACAAUGUUUCUGAUACACCCAUGAAGAAAGAGGUUAGAUCUGGUGCUCCUGAAGCUGGUGAACGACUGAAAGCUUCAAAUUUUCCUGCAAAUGUUUUGAGAAUUGGUAGUUGGGAGUACAUUUCACACUAUGAAGGUGACUUGGUCGCAAAGUGCUACUUUGCAAAGCAUAAGCUUGUUUGGGAGGUCCUACAUGAUGGUCUCAAGAGUAAGAUAGAAAUUCAGUGGUCAGAUAUUAUUGCUUUGAAGGCAACCUGCCCAGAUAAUGAACAAGAAGGGAUCUUAGAUCUAGUGUUGGCUCGCCCACCCCUUUUCUUCAAAGAGACUGAUCCUCAGCCAAGGAAACAUACACUAUGGCAGGCUGCAUCAGAUUUUACUGAUGGACAGGCAAGCUUCAACAGGAGACAUACCUUGCAGUGCCCCUCAAGUUUGUUAAGCAAGAAUUUUGAAAAGCUCAUUCAAUGUGAUCAACGUCUACAUGAAUUGAGCCAGCAGCCAGAUGCCGUAUUGCAAACUCCAAGUUUUGAACCUAAGCGAUCUAUUUUUGAAAAUCCAAAUGAAUCAAAAUGCAUUGAUCUCAAUGGCUUGAAGUAUGAACAUGAAGCUACUUUGCCCAAGUUCACUGAUCCCAUCUCAACAUGUGUCUUUUCAUCACUCUCCAAGAAUGUUGGACAACCAAUAAACAUAGGAUUUGGUGCUGGAAAUUUUGAGGGCACUGUUUCUGAGGAACCAAAGAAUUGCAAUCAGUGGAAUCAAUUCAAAGUGCCUGAAUUGUGGAAUCAAUUCAAAGUGCCUGAAUUGAAGGCAUCCAUAUCUGUGGAAGAUUUGGUUAACCAUCUAGGUAACUGCAAAGCUGAUCAAAGGAGUGUAGGUGAUCCUCCUUUGACCAUUAAUGAUGGAAAAACCAAAGAAGUGUUGGAAGAUCUUGUUCAAUACCUUUUCAGCGAUACACAGAGUCUGCCAGCCUCAGAUGAUAAAUAUUUGAUGGCAAGGGUUGACUCCCUUUACUCUUUGCUUGAGAAAGACACGGUGCCAGCCACCAUGCGCAAGCCUGAAUGCAGUGAUGACAUAGGCAUAAACCAAGUGGAUUCUGAUGGCUUUGAGGAGGAGCUCAACUCAUCACUUGCAGGAGCCAAAGAACCGCUCACCAUUUCCAGAAAUGAUUCUUUCGGGGAGCUGCUGCUAAACCUUCCCCCAGUAGCUUCUAUUCCACAGUUCUUGUUCAACAUAGCAGAAAAUUCUGAUAAAUAA